UCUAAAUUUUUGAUAAAUUUAAGUUAUUUUAUAUCAAAACUUCUAAACAUAUUUAACAACAAAUUUAAAUAUGUAUAAUAAAGUUGUAGUCCAAAGGCAAAUUUUUCAGAAAUAAACUAAAAAUACCUAUAUAUAUCGCUAUACACUCGCCCCAUUCAUAUUCACUUUAUGGUAUCUAUUGUUAAUAUUUUUUUCUAUUUUAUUAACUAUAAGAUUGUUUAGGUUUUUUUUUGUAUUAUUAUAUUUUUUAUAGACUUUAUUAGAUAUUUAAUUUGAUUGAUUGACUGCUGGAAAUCUAUAUAAUAAUGAGGACGCCCAAAAUUUGUGGCGUCAAAGAAAUGCCAUAUACACUUUGAUUUUGUGCACCAAGAACAUUUAAUAACUGCUAUAUCAUGACAGGUAUCACAAUAGAAUCAUAAUUGUGACACGCAGGCCGUAACAAUGUUUAUAUGCAUUUGAUGGAAUUAUACAGAUAUAACAAAUUAUCAAAAAUGAACGGCAAACGAAUUUUCGGUAAGGACACGUUUCGAAGGAGAAAAUAACGUAACUUCUCGGAAAUAAGAUUGGAAAACGGCACUCGUCUCAGCAUAGCAAUUUUGAGCAAACGCGUGUAGAAUCGAUUGUCUGUCACUAACGCGAUAAAACACAUUUUCAUUUUUUGAACUUGGAGAAUUGUAAUCAGACGGGUUUCUGACAAUGAGAUUGAAGGUGUUUAAGUACUUAUAAACAUUUUAAUAAAUUGUGUUUCAUAAUAAUAUUGAGACAUCAAAUUUAUUCCAAUCCAAUUUAAAUAAAGAAAUUAUUAGUAACAUGAUACAUAAUCGUAUCAAAAUUUAUUUAUUAUUAAUAUUUGGACAUUGCUAGCAUCACGUUCAUUAAGAAUUCCUAAAUUAAUUGUGCUUAACGUUCAAGAUUUCAUAGAAAAUCCAAAUAUUGACAUUUACAGAGAUAAAAAAGUUAACGUAGAUAAAAGUUAAUACAUUAAAAAUUUAAAAAUAACUAGUUGAAGUUAAAAGUUAGUGGAUUUAAAAUUAACUAAAAAUUAUUAAAAGUUAUAAACUUUUUAUUUAACUUUUAACAUUUUAUCUAAUUACUACCCAAGUCUGUUUACAACUUUUAAUUGAUAUACUUUAUGCCAGUGACGAAUACUUACAUUUUUACAUCGCAUGCUGGCAAGUUCGCUUUUCCUGCCUGGCUUCUCUACUGCAAUUGUGGCCUGGAAGUAUCUUUGGCUAUAGACGAAAACAUAGAACAGAAACGGAACAAAACAUGAGCGAAUACAUAAGUAAGGGGGAAAAUAAAAAUAACGAGUCAGUCGCUCGCUUCUCAGAUAUCAGGUAUUUUGCUAUAAUAAAUUCUCCGCUUUUCUCUUGCCGUUUACAUUUACAUAAGUCGCGCAAACAUUAACAUUUGGUAAUUAUUUUUUUCUAUCGGUUAUAGCUGAAAGCGAAGUCGAGCUUAGAAAUUCACUUUUAAAGCAAUUAUGUUCCAUUAUACAACUAACUAAAUUGUUCAGUGCCACAGAAGGGGAGCCGGCAUCAUUUUUGCUUUUAAUACCCGCGAGCUUCCAAGAAUUAAUGCGACGUGGUGCAAUUACAAUUGAUCGUUGCUGCCUGCGCUUCAGCGUCUUCGCUUCGUUAUUCAGUAUUGUACUUUUACAGUCAUCACGAGAAGCAUACAACUAUUUGCUUUUUAUGCGUUGACGUGACCAUCCAUUUUUACCGUUCGAUAGUUCUGAAAAAGCGAUGAAACGUGCGAGUACUAUUAGCCUUCCGGUCGAGAUUGGUCUUCGUUUCAUCGGCAUGUGGCCGGAAUCGGCUUAUUCGAUUCUCUAUUGGUCCAUGUACAUGACAAUGAUAGCAGUAUCGCAGUAUUAUCAGUAUUCGUAUGUUGCCGCCCGUUUUGACAUGAACAAUCUUAUAAUUCUAACGGAUUGUCUGGGUCUUGCCCUGGCAAACACACUCGCUUUUCUUAAACUAGUUUGUCUAUUUUGGAAUCGGAGGAUAUUCUUUAAUAUCCUGGCAGCAAUGGAUAGAGAUUGGAGGGAAUGCAUUAUCAACGAUUCUUCCAUCAUGAUGACAGUCGCGGAUCAGUCGCGUCGAUGUUCCUUCGUGCUAAUCGGCAUUCACGUAUUAGCCGGUUUUUUCUUAUCAAUCGGUCUUUACAUAAUUCGAAUGAUGAACAGCAACGUUUCCCGAGAUCUCCCAGUAAAAAUGCAAUUCCCUUUUGCGGCUCUAGAGUCACCGAUUUUCGAGUUCAUCCUUGCCGGACAAAUGUUUUAUAUAAUGUCGAUAGCUUCUGUGGUUGGUAUGAUAAACGCGUUGCUUGCCUCAUUGGUUAUUCACUUGGGUGGUCAGGUUGAUAUCUUGCAACGAAUCAUAAUGGAAAUGCAUUAUAGCAACGAUGACAGAUCUGUAACUUUAUUCAGUGAUCUCAUUCAUCGACACCGAAAGAUAAUUAAUUUGUCGAAUGAUAUCGAAAAUCUAUUUUCGUCCAUUGCGCUGCUCCAACUUCUGUGGAAUACUUUAAUCAUCUGCUGCUCUGGCUUCAUGAUCGUACUUGCUCUCAGUAGUAAAAAAGGCGCAAUGAUUUUAAUAAAGUCGACGUUCCUUUAUCUUGCAAAAACAUUAGAGGUCUUCGUGUUUUGUUACGCAGGGGAGUUCUUAAGCUUCAAGAGUAAAUCGAUUAGCGACGCAGUAUAUGAGUCGCUUUGGUACAACUUGAUGCCAUCCGAUUGCCGAGUUUUAUUGUUCAUAAUGAUGAGAUCGCAAAAGCGGUUGACAAUCACGGCGGGGAAAAUUUUUGAUCUCACUCUGGAUGGAUUUAUGAGCGUCAUGAAAGCUUCUGCGUCGUACAUGUCAGUAUUGCAUGCUAUGUAUUAAAGCGGGAGUAUCAUCUAUCCACAGUUUUAAUAAACCCUCCGUGUCAAUGAUAUGUUGCCAGUUGCAAACUUUUUCAGCAGACGCGACAAGAUUAAAUUCUAUGAGAGAAUAAACAUAUAUAUUUUAAUACGUUUAAUAUUAACAUCAAAAUCUUAUUCAUAGAAAAAUGUAAUAAAUUUAUCUCCUUAUUAUCUCUCUGU